CAUUGGUUGCAUCCUUCACGGCCGCCGAUAAGAUUGUUUCCUUGGAUUGGCUAAUAGCUUUCCCUCCCUCCUGUCGCUUCUUCGUCAGAAGCUGACGAUUGGUUAAUCUCGUUGCCAAGCUCUGGACGCGGCUCGACCAUUGGAGGCCGCGGGCCCGCCCCUCCGGCUAGGUGAAGGUGAGAGUCUCCUCCAGUCGCAGAGGCCAGACCUGACCGGGCAGCUCUGGGUUCGCGGUGAAGCCUCUCGAUUUCCUGCUCUCUCGAUAUGGCGUCUCCGUCAGUCUUUGCCGAGGUUCCGCAGGCCCAGCCUGUCUUGGUCUUCAAGCUCACUGCCGACUUCAGGGAGGAUCCGGACCCCCGCAAGGUCAACCUGGGAGUGGGAGCGUAUCGCACAGAAGAAUGCCAGCCCUGGGUUUUGCCGGUAGUGAGGAAAGUGGAGCAGAAGAUUGCUAAUGACAAUAGCCUAAACCACGAGUAUCUGCCAAUCCUGGGCCUGCCCGAGUUCCGGAGCUGUGCUUCUCGUCUUGCCCUUGGGGAUGACAGUCCAGCUUUCAAGGAGAAGCGGGUAGGUGGAGUGCAGGGUUUGGGGGGAACAGGUGCGCUUCGGAUUGGAGCUGAGUUCUUAGCGCGAUGGUACAAUGGAACAAACAACAAGGACACACCCGUCUAUGUGUCCUCACCAACCUGGGAGAAUCACAAUGCUGUAUUUUCUGCUGCUGGUUUUAAAGACAUUCGUUCUUAUCGCUACUGGGAUGCAGAGAAGAGAGGACUGGACCUCCAGGGCUUCCUGAAUGAUCUGGAGAAUGCUCCUGAGUUCUCCAUCUUUGUCCUCCAUGCCUGUGCACACAACCCAACUGGGACUGACCCAACUCCGGAGCAGUGGAAGCAGAUUGCUUCUGUCAUGAAGCACCGGUUUCUGUUCCCCUUCUUUGACUCAGCCUAUCAGGGCUUCGCAUCUGGAAACCUAGAGAGAGAUGCCUGGGCCAUUCGCUAUUUUGUGUCUGAAGGCUUCGAGCUCUUCUGUGCCCAGUCCUUCUCCAAGAACUUCGGGCUCUACAAUGAGCGAGUCGGGAAUCUGACUGUGGUUGGAAAAGAACCUGAGAGCAUCCUGCGAGUCCUUUCCCAGAUGGAGAAGAUUGUGCGGAUUACUUGGUCCAAUCCCCCCGCCCAGGGAGCACGAAUCGUAGCCUGUACCCUCUCUAACCCUGAGCUCUUUAAGGAAUGGACAGGUAAUGUGAAGACAAUGGCUGACCGGAUUCUGACCAUGAGAUCUGAACUCAGGGCACGACUAGAAGCCCUCAAAACCCCUGGGACCUGGAACCACAUCACUGAGCAAAUUGGCAUGUUCAGCUUCACCGGGUUGAACCCCAAGCAGGUUGAGUAUCUGGUCAAUGAAAAGCACAUCUACCUGCUGCCAAGUGGUCGAAUCAACAUGUGUGGCUUAACCACCAAAAAUCUAGAUUAUGUGGCCACCUCCAUCCAUGAAGCAGUUACCAAAAUCCAGUGAAGAAAAACCACCCAUCCAGUACCACCAAAGUAGUUCUCUGUCAUGUGAGUUCCCUGCCUGCACAAACCUACAUGUACAUAUCACAGAUCAGAGACUCUGGCAGGAUUGAAAGGCUGUUCUGGUGAGGCAGCCUCUGUUUAAACUGGCCCCACAUGAAGUGAACAUCCCUUGAGACGAAUUUGGACGCUGGGAUUAGAGCCUUUGGAGGUCAAAGCAAAUUGAGAUCUUUGUUGAAGAAUAAAAGAGUACUUUGAUCAUGAGACAUGGGUGUUUUGUCCCCCUCACUAAGAAGCAGUAGUGUUGCGUGUGGUGACCACAUGCUUCUACAUGGUGUUUGACUCUGUACAAAGUCUGGUCCCAAAGAUCAAGUCGUCUGAAGGAGCCAAAGUACAAAUGUGGGUGUUGGCUGUGGCAUUAAACUCAUCAUCUCAACCCAGAGUGUCUGGUCUCCCUGCUCUUUCUGCAUGGUUGUGUCCCUAGUCCUGCACUUUGGUUCUUCAGGGUGACUGUGGUAAGAAAGAUAUUUAAUCAUGACAUGCACAGACACACACAUAUUUAACAGAAACAGAAGUUUCACCAAACAGUAUUUACUUGUGCUGUGUAUAGUGCAUUCUGAUAUUUUUGAGUCCUUUCUAUUGUGUUCUACUUCAUCUAAAAAAAUAAAAUAAAAAUGCUGAUCAAGA